UGAGGUGUAGCGGUCCGUCCGCUAUAGCGUCCGGAGGGAAACAGUCGACGAUGAGAACUAUUCCGCUCAUGUAGCUACGGAAGAAGUGGAUGAGUGACCGUCCCUGUCGUGGUCCAGGAUGGCGAACAGUGCCAGGAGAGAUUCCCCGGAGCUCCCUGACUUCUCUCUGCUCAAGAGGUUGGCCAGAGAUCAGCUCAUCUACCUGCUGGAACAGCUUCCAGGGAAGAAAGACCUCUUCAUCGAGGCGGACUUGAUGAGCCCGCUGGAUCGUAUUGCAAAUGUGUCAACACUAAAGCAACAUGAAGUCGACAAACUCUACAAAGUGGAAUACAAACCUGUUAUCAGCACCUCAGAUCAACUCUGUUUUCUGAUCCGGCCAAGAAUACAAACUGUGAAGUGGAUAUGUGAUGUGGCCAAUGCAGACAGGGCAGCAGGAAAAUUUAGAAGAUACAAGAUCAUCUUUACUCCUCAGAAGUUCUACGCCUGUGAGGCCGUGCUGGAGGAGCAGGGCAUGUUUGGUGAUGUGACCACUGAUGAAUGGGCUUUUUACCUCCUUCCUCUGGACGACGACAUCAUCAGUCUGGAGCUGCCAGAAUUCUUUCGAGACAACUUCCUGGCAGGAGACCAGCGUUGGGUGAGGACGGCCGGCAGCGCUCUGCACCUCCUCCACUCCCUCUAUGGUCCGUUUUCAAAGGUCUACGGGAUCGGACGGUGUUCCAAGAUGGCGUACGAGUCGUGGAGGGAGCAGGUCGAAGAAGGAGAACAAAAAGCUCGUCACGCAGAGAUAGGCAACGUUUUUCUAAUCGACAGAGAUGUGGACUUUGUCACUCCUCUGUGCUCACAAGUCGUCUAUGAAGGACUGGUGGAUGAUAUAUUUAGAAUCAAAUGUGGAUGUGUGGAGUUUGGUCCCGACGUUACCUCCUCGGACAAAAGUUUGAAAGUCAUGCUGAACUCUCAGGAUAAGGUUUUCAACGAAAUCAGAAACGAGCAUUUCUCCAACGUCUUCGGCUUCCUCAGUCAGAAAGCCAGGAACCUCCAGACUGCUUAUGAUAAGCGUCGGGGGAUGGACAUAAAGCAGAUGAAGACGUUUGUGUCGGAGGAGCUCAAAGGGUUAAAGCAGGAACAUCGGCUGCUCAGCCUUCACAUCGGUGCCAGUGAAUCGAUUAUGAAGAAGAAAACAAAGCAGGAUUUUCAGGAGCUGCUGAAGACGGAACACUCUUUACUUGAAGGAUUUGAAAUCCGUGAAUGCAUUUCAUACAUAGAGGAGCACAUCAACAGACAGGUCUCCAUGAUUGAAAGUUUGAGGCUGCUUUGUCUUCUGUCCAUCACAGAAAACGGACUCCUGCCAAAAGACUUCCGCUCACUGAAAGCACAGUAUCUUCAGAGCUACGGAGUGGAUCACCUGCUCACGUUUUCCAACCUGAGGCAGUUGGGGCUUCUGGUUGAGCAGCAGCCGGGCGAGACGCUCACUGUUAUGGAGAGCAAAGUGGGCAAACUGGUCAAUGACAAGACUGCAGGAAAACUGACUGACGCCUUUUCAUCUCUGGCAAAGAAGAGCAAUUUCAGAGCUUUAAGCAGAAAACUCAACCUGGUGCCAAAGUCAGAUGAAGAAUAUGACCUGCGUGUCCCCCGAGACAUGGCGUACAUCUUCAGUGGCGCUUACGUCCCCCUGAGCUGCAAACUCAUCGAGCAGGUGUUGGAGCGAGACGGCUGGGCGGGGCUCGAAGAAGUCACCAGGCUGCUAAAUGGGCACGAAUUCGCCGUCACAGGCAGCAACGGAGCAGAUUUAAGAGCCAAGAAUGAUGCUCAACGGAUCAUACUGGUCAUGUUCCUGGGCGGAUGCACCUUCUCUGAGAUCUCAGCUCUUCGUUUCCUCGGCAGAGAGAAAGGUUAUAAAUUCAUCGUGGUAACAACUGCAAUUACCAACAGUUCCAGGCUGCUGGAGUCUUUGCUGGACAACCACGUAUGAAGCCUGUCAGCGCUUCACUGAGGACAGAAACCUGACGCAUUCCUGCCGCCACUCGUCAUCCAUUCCCCAGAUUGACAAACGUUCGCUUUUGGUCUGUUUGUGCCACAAAAGAACUGUAAAGAUGUAUAAUGUGAAUAAAUGUUUUUGUUUUUUUUCUACACAUUUGUUGUUUUUCUGUUUCAUGCGGUUGUUUACAGCGAGGAAAUUGAAUAAAUACAUCUACUCAAGUACUGUCUUUUACC